UCCCCGUGAAAUUGGAGAAGGUGGAACCAAGUCCCGAAGAGUCCCAGGACGUGAAAGCCUUGCAGAAGGAACUAGAGCAGUUUGCCAAGCUUCUGAAGCAGAAGAGGAUCACCUUGGGGUACACCCAGGCCGACGGGGGCUCACCCUGGGCAUUCUAUUCGGGAAGGUGUUCAGCCAGACUACCAUCUGCCGCUUCAAGGCCCUGCAGCUCAGCUUCAAGAACAUGUGUAAGCUGCGCCCCCUGCUGGAGAAGUGGGUGGAGGAAGCCGACAACAAUGAGAACCUUCAGGAGAUAUGCAAAGCCGAGAACCUGGUGCAGGCUGGAAAGAGAAAGCGGACGAGCAUUGAGAACCGUGUGAGGGGGAAUCUGGAGAAUAUGUUUUUGCAGUGCCCAAAGCCCAGUCUGCAGCAGAUCAGCGCCAUUGCCGAUCAGCUUGGGCUGGAAAAGGAUGUGGUCCGAGUGUGGUUCUGUAACCGGCGCCAGAAGGGCAAACGAUCAAGCACCGACUAUACCCAACGAGAAGAGUAUGAGGCUGCUGGAUCCCCUUUCCCAGGGGGGCCUGUAUCCUUUCCUCUGCCCCCAGGGCCCCAUUUUGGUGCUCCAAGCUACGGGAGCCCCCACUUCACCACAUUCUACUCUUCAGUCCCUUUUCCUGAGGCUGAGGCCUUAACCUCUGUUCCCAUCACUACUACUAUGGGCUCUCCCAUGCAUUCAAACUGAGGCACCAGCCCUGGCUGGGGAUGAGGUGAGCUGAGGCAAGGGAAAAGAAGUAGAGAACCUGGAGCCAUCACAGCUGU